GUUGAGAAAAGAUAUGAUGCGCCGUCCAGACAGAGGAAGGGAGAGUCAGUAGUGCGUGAGACCUCGGCAGGGCAGGACGCGCCACCCUCAGCUCCCUGGCCGCUUCGUGACUGUCCCUCACACAGUGUUUGCGUACCCAAGUUACUUGUUUGUCCCAGACUGUGUGGUGUGAGAUGCUCGGUCCAUAUCAAAUGUGACUGGACUGCACAUCCCCCUUCUGACACCUGGAGACUAGUGACACCAAGCACAACAAUAAUCGCGAACUAUCUCUGCUUAGUGCAAGCUGAAGACUGCAAUAAAAUCAGUGAAGGGCCAACAAAAUUUAGAGAGAGAGAGAAAAAAAAAAACACUAACAGUUUCUCCGAGAGCUGAGAAGUUCCCCGCUGGCAGCCUCUCCACUUAGCGGCGCCACCUACCUCUUCAACCCAGCCUUUGAAGAGACACCGUCCUCAGGCCUCAGCUCCCCGGGAAAGGUGUGAUCUUCCCGACAAGUGCGGCGCGUUGCCCUGAGCAGCGAGGAGAGAGUUAGGGUGAACAGCAGCCUUUCUUCUUUUCCAGGAUAUCUGGCGUGUAAAUUUAGAUGAGUGACUCUUCAACAGCCUCUUGAGACAUCCCACGCCAGCCUGACGAGAGCGUUGUGCGUCUGAGCGUCGUGAAAGAUGGAGGCUACGUGGUGAUGUGAUGCGCCUGGAGACACUCGCGUCAUCCAGCACACAAAACACUCACGAAGAUACCAGUAAAUACGCCCUCCCCUGACAAGUCGAUCAGCGCGAGGAGAACAUGAUGAAUGCGCUUGUUUUUCUUCCUAUUGACAGAGAACAAUAGUGAGACUGCAGUGUGUGUGUUUCCUUUAUGCAUGUAACGAACACUGAAAGACUGAAAGCUCAACAGUAGCGGGGAAACAGUAACAAUGUGAAGAAACAAGUGAAGUACAAUCAACCGAGGAUAACGAAGAGAAUCCACGAGAGAACAGCUACACUCCAUCCUGCCUCGCUCCCACUGGCUAGCCGCUGACACACACGCACAUACAAACACACACACGCACGCAUACACGGGUGGAGGAGGAGGCAAGUGUGGUAGAGUUCUCAGCCUCGUAGUGACGCGCCUGUCCACAAUGUAGUAAGCAGCCAUCCACACAAGCCAGCGGCGGCCGACGAUGGUGGAAGAUGAGGAGGCCAUCAGGACAGCCGAGAGGACGAGGGGGUCUGGGACUGUGGGCUGCCUCCCCCUCUACCUCCCCCUCACCCUCACCACGACGAAGAUCCCCGCAACCCCGCCCCGCCCCGCCCUCGCCCCCUAGCCACGUCAAGAAUGUGCUGGCGAUGGUCACCGUGGUCUUUUUCGCCUUCUUUAGCGCAGGUCGGGGACACAUUCGGGAGGGUCGCCGCGGGCCGUUACUACUGCUGGGCGAGCCGGAUCCCACGCUGCCCCCGCCGCCCCCGCCUAAGCUGGACCCCGCCCACUCUGCUGAUGUCACGGCCCUCGCUGACCGCCCCGCCAUCCUCAACUGUCGGGUACACAACAUCAACAACAAGACGGUAUCGUGGAUCCGCCACCGCGACAUCCACCUGCUGACGGUGGGCCGCUACACCUACACGUCAGACCAGCGGUUCAGGGCGCUGCACGAGGAUGACUCUGACGACUGGAUCCUCAAAAUUAACUACGUGCAGCCACGCGGGAACUCGGGCGUGUACGAGUGUCAAGUGUCCACGACUCCUCCCCUCUCGCACUUCAUCCGCCUCACCGUCGUUAAGCCGCACACGCACAUCCUGGGAGGGCCUGACAUGCACAUCAACACGGGUUCCACCAUCAACCUGACCUGCCUGGUGGAGUACAGCCCGGAGCCGCCAGACUUCAUCUACUGGAACCACAACAACAAGAUUAUCAGCUAUGACUCAAGCCGCGGAGGGGUGACUGUUAUCCUGGAGAAGGGAGACCUCACCACCAGCUCCUUGCUUAUCCAGAAGGCGCGGCCCUCAGACUCGGGCCGCUAUGACUGCAGUCCCUCUAACGCAGACUCCGCCAACGUCACCGUGCACGUGUUGAAUGGCGAGCACCCGGCGGCGAUGCAACACGGAGGCCAGAGCACCUACACCAACUCCUCCCUGGGCAACAUCUUAUUGUGUCUCCUGGUGCUGCUGGCCGCCCUCCACGCCACGCUCAUGUAAAUCACAGGCUCGUCCUCCCAAGCCAGUCAAGACACAUCACUCGACUUAACGUUCUUAGCCCUUCACGCCACCGAGAAAGCAAGCAAGCAAGCAGGCAGCCCCAUCUACACACACACACACACAUACACACACACGCACACACACACACACACACACACAGACCAAUCCGUAUUUAUGUGCACAAAAACUACGUACUCAGUGGAUUUUUAUGGCGAAAGUCUUGACGCAUCGAGGCAGCGGGGCAAUCAAUAGUAGGGGCAGCACAGGGCCAGCCAGCCAGCCAGCCAGCCCAUCCCACCCUGCCCGAGGCGCACCCGCCCGUGUGUGUGUGUGUGUGUGUGUGUGUGUGUGUGUGUGUGUGUGUGUGUGUGUGUGUGUGUGUGUGUGUGUGUGUGUGUGUGUGUGUGUGUGUGUGUGUGUGUGUGUGAGGGAAGACAGAAAGUAGGAGAGGAGAGGAGAGGAAAGGAGAGUUGAGCAGGGAAGGGAAGGGAAGGGAAGGGAAGGGAAGGGAAAAGGAGACGAGGUAAGAACAGAAACACACACACACACACACACACACACACACACACACACACACACACACACACACACACACACACACACACACACACACAGAACUAAUAACAUGCAAUUCAAUUUCCCCCCAAAAGAAAUUAAAUUAUGAAUUAAAAAAAGCCACAUAACCAUCCACCUUACCCACCCAUCCACCCAUCCACCCACCCAGUCACACGCAGAAGAGACUAACCCUCGUACCACAACAAUUGGGAGAAAACACAAUAUUCUUUCAUCAGGCUAGCUAUUGCAAUCAACCAGCCACAGAGUAGAGUCCCAGAAGGGGGUAAGGACGAGUGGCUCUCAGCUCGUGGAGAUAGAGAAGUACUAUAGCAGGCACACUCCCGAGCAGUACUGUGAAAUAUACUAACAUCACCCGACUGAGGCCAGGUGUCAUAGUGGUGGUGUGAAUGGUACUAAUGGUGUUGGAUAUUGGGUGUUACUGUUGUGGUGGUGAUGGAGAAUGAAGGGAGAGAGACAGGAAUAGGUGUGGGUAUGUUGAUAGAUUAAUAGGUGUGUGUGUGUGUGUGUGUGUGUAUGUAUGUGUGUGUGUGUGUGUGUGUGUGUGUGUGUGUGUGUGUGUGUGUGUGUGUGUGUGUGUGUGUGUGUGUGUGUGUGUGUGUUGGGAGAGGGCGUGCGUUUCCUUCAUACCAACGUGUAAGAAACAGAAAAAAAAGAAAAAUAGCAGAAAACACGUAUUUAAAGGAUUAAUUACAGGUGAAAGGGUAAAGAAGUACUGAGGACACCUAGACACAGGAAAAUAAACAAACACUUACAGAAAUAACGACAGUAAAAAAAAAAAAGAAAAAGUAAAAAGCGUUCCAUGAAACAUUCACAUAAAGAAAUAGAAUAAAAAGAAGAAAAAAAGAGAACGUUCCAUAGAAAGAAAAUAAAUAAAAGUGAAAGAAACAAGAGAGUCAUGUUACAUUAAUAAAUAGGAGUGUCACGUGCACGACUUUUGUAUACUGAUGUUUCUUAUGUAUCUAAUAAAUUAACUGGUAGAGAGAGAGAGAGAGAGAGAGAGAGAGAGAGAGAGAGAGAGAGAGAGAGAGAGAGAGAGAGAGAGAGAGAGAGAGAGAGAUUGCGAGUGUGUGUGUGUCUGUGUGUGUGUGUGUGUGUGUGUGUGUGUGUGUGUGUGUGUGUGUGUGUGUGUGUGUGUGUGUGUGUGUGUGUGUGUGUGUGUGUGUGUGUGU